AUGGCAACCCACCCACCUGACAACAACAACUGGCAUGAUGAAGAAGACGUCUUGGUUAUUGACCAAGCUGUCGGUCUGCCAGAUGUUGGAACAUUCAAUCUUUACAAAAUUACUCCUCCUCUUAAAGAAAGAGAGGAUCUUGACAAAUGGAUCGAUAAGGUUGAGAAGAUCUUAGAGAGCCAUAAUUUAUACAAUUUGAUCAAACGAUCGAUCUCCUGGCCGAGCCGAAGAGACCCGAAUGGCUAG